CAGAAAGUGGGAGCAAAAGUCUUCACAUUUGCCGCCAAACGCGUUGAAGGCCACAAUGCUACUGCUCAAGUGGUGAGAGGGAAUGUGUCUUCAAUAUUCUCCAACUCCAAGUUUCGUUUGAAAAUUCAGAUAACACUUCGCAGUACUUUAGCUGACAUCAACGGAUUACUAGGUUGCUCAAGAACUCGACGGAAGCUUGCCUUUCAGGAUCUUGAUGUGGAGAUGAGAGGUGGAAGCCACGAAAAUGACUCUCAUUCCCUUCUCACACCAGAUCAAUUAAUGACCUCUGGCUGA